ACUCACAUGGUAACAUCGACGCUUCCUCACUCCUUACACGUGGGACCGCCAUUCCUUGGAAUUUUUAGAUUUACUCUCAAAUUAAUUAAUAUUGCGAUCCAGCAUUGGUUCGUCCGCUUAAUUACGGCGAUCUUUAAUCUCGUUUUCCAUUUGGUCUUAACUGAACACUCGUGCACGAGCUAGAAGACUGCAUAAUGGACGUCCAAACAGUUUCGACGAGCUUCCUGACGAAUAAUUAUCAACUUCGUUCACGUGACUUCGAUGGAUGUUUGGUGGAUGUCUCCGACACCAUGCGUCCUGAACACAAUGAUCAAAAAAUCAUGUGGACUAGUGCCAGCCUUGUGUCAUUUUUAUUGAUGUAUAAUAUUAAUGAGCACACUGAGGACGAGCUGAGGGAUCUGCUCUCGAAGAACUGCAACACCACAUACGGCGACAUCCCACCCCUUACUGCCCUUGCCUGGCAGUCGAGGAACCCCUUACACGCCGACAGAAUUUUACGCAUGGCUCGAAUGCUGAUCGAAAAUGGAGCAGAGCCAACUUUUGUGUCAAGAAUAUCGUGCAGAUCUCUGUACACCAUCCCGGACGCAAUAUCUCUGGCCGUCUUUGCUCGCUGCGUGCCCCUCCUACGAAACCUUUUGAUGUACUGGUGGCCCAGUCCUGUGUACGUCCUGGACAGCGUGAUCGGACGCAAGGUGGAAUAUUUUAAAUUUCUGUUCCCAAUGCUGAUUGAAUUUGGUCUUCCCCAUGGAAAAAGAAUUUGCUCUGUAAUUGAAACCUUCAUUGAGAAUGUAAUUCAAAUGAAACUGUAUCAAGAAAAUGACGAAGGCACGUGGCAAGGCUUUCUGAAACAAAUGCGCCGCAAGCCCAGCUCUCUAAAGCAGUUGAGCAGAAUAGCUCUCCGCAGUUCGAUUGGUUGCAGUUCGUCGAGUGGGCAGGAGUUGUUUCAAAAGAUUGAAAGCCUGAGGAAUAGGUUGCCACCAACGCUUCACAAUUAUGUGUCUUUGAGAGAGAGAGAUGAAAAGAGCGGUUCCUAUAAUCAAACAACAUGAUGUUACUUUAUAUCAAUCGGUUUGUGUGAUUUUAAAUUUCCAAAUGAAUGAUCUGAUAGUUCAAAUAAUAAACUUAAUUCUUUC